UGCAACCCGUUCAGCACCCGUAUCACGAGUGUGGUACUAGCGUUCUCAGAGCGGGUGAGGUGAAUGAUCUUCCUGGCUGGUGUCUGGUUUCUGUAACCUUGUACUAUUUAUCCUGAAGUCCGCGUUUCCGCACGUAUCAAAACACACACCAGUCGAGCGAAAGAUCUGUAUCGGUCUCAAUGCAAUGGCGUCGUGCGGCAAACAGGACACAAUCAUUGCAUGGUCUUGUUCCAAGCUCCUGCAUGGAUUCAGCAUGAUGACAUGGCGGCUUGUGAUGUUGAGCGUCCUCUGUCAGGCACUGGGACAGGACGACAAGGCCGCCCUCAUCAUUAUUGACGUUCAAGACUGUUUCCUGGAAAGCGGGACCCUGCCGGUCCCUGAAGGGAAAGAAGUCAUUCCAGUUAUCAACAGGAUACGUAGUGCAUAUGAGGACGCCUUUUCAAUGGUUGUCUUAUCUCAGGAUUGGCAUUGUUCAGACCAUGUUUCAUUUGCGUCCCAACACCCCGGCCACAGGCCUUUUGACGAAGUCACACUGCAGUACGACUCCAAAGGGCAUCUGUGUACCAGCUCCAGUGUCCCACCAUCCUUUCCCUAUGCACACGCCUGCAGCCAGGUUCGCUACAACAUCUCACAGAGCCUCUGGCCCGACCACUGCAUCAUGAAUGUAACGUCCGGACCGACGUCAUCUGCGAUCGACUCCAGGCUUACCAGGAAACCAAAUGAUGAGAUCAUAUUGAAGGGAAAUGACUGCGAGGUGGACUCCUACUCUGCAUUUAACUCCAAUGGUGGUCUGCGACACACGAGACUACAUCGACUGCUCCAGCGUAACAAUAUCAGCGUGGUGUACGUCGUGGGACUCGCUCUGGACUACUGUGUGUACUACACGUCACUGGACGCCCACAGCCUAGGCUACAAGACGUAUACAGUCGCUGAUGCUACCAGGGGCAUAGCAGUGAUUUCAACACAAGAAGCUGUUGCCGACCUUAAAACCAAAGGCGUCCAUGUGAUACAGUCAUCCUCUCUGGCUGGCCUACUGAGUGUGAGUGGGGCCCCAGCUGCGUCCAUGUGAUACAGUCGUCCUCUCUGGCUGGCCUACUGAGUGUGAGUGGCGCCCCAGCUGUACGUACACAACCUCACAUUGAAUAUCUACUGCUCCCGCUAUGUAUCAUUCAUGUAAUUCAAUCAUAAAACAGCAAUCCCGUUCA